CCAUUGUUCCUUAUUCUGGAUAACCCCGUUGUUCGAGACGGCAGCGAGAAAGAUCGUGCUCGCCUCACAGCCCCUUGGCCCCUCACUGUGUACGACUCGAAAGUGAAGGGGGCAGGAAAAAGGCGUGUGGACCAAUGCUCAUCUCCCAGCCCAUCUUGUGUUUGGUCCGUAUGAGGGCCGUGUCCUAUCUGGCCAUCCGGAAGCCGGCAAAGAAUCUGGCUAUGGGUGGAAGAUUCGAGGUGCUGGAACAAGGAAUACAUGCAUUGAUGCUGUAGACAGUGCAGUUAGUAACUGGAUGCGUUACGUCAACUGUUCAAGGACUGACGCUGAGACUAACCUAUCUGCAUUUCAGUACAAGGGGCAGAUCUACUACAAGACGGACUCUGCAAUUAGCAGGGGGAGCGAGCUGAUGUGCUGGUACGGAGACGAUUUCGGGAAGGAUCUUGGUCUAUCGAGAGAGCCAUCCAAGUGGAAAUCAGCGAAGAAAGACGUAAUAGAUCGACAGUGCGAAUGGUCUGGCUUAGUCUACACCUCGAAAGAUCUAAUGCGUCCCCUAAAAGUGUUCAGAAAGCAUAUUCGCACUUACACGCCGCCAACAUGCUCCACGCGAGGAACCAGCAGCAGUAGUGGCUCAACCAAACAAUCUUUGCGAGAAGAGGCGCCGCAGAUCCCGGAAAAGGCGUCUCAUGAGACGCUGUGUUCGCCAGCAUGUGAUGAAUAUAAUACUGAGUGUUCGCAGUGUGAUUACAAGUGUGAAUCUGCUGAUAUCCUAAAUAAACAUGUGUUAAUACACAGUGGAAAAGAACUGUUGGAGUGUUCAGAGAGUAGGAAAAGAUUUGCUGACAGUGAUAAGUUGAAGGAAACCCAAAAAUAGAAUCAGGAGAAAGGCCGUUCG